AUGGCGGGGCAGUCGCGCAGGUGGAUGAUUCUGGUGGCGACGGUGUGGAUCCAGGCGUUCACGGGGACGAACUUCGAUUUCUCGGCCUACUCGUCGGAGAUGAAGGCGGUUCUGGGGAUAUCGCAGGUGCAGCUCAAUUACCUCGCCACCGCGUCGGACCUCGGGAAGGCGGUGGGCUGGUCGUCGGGGCUGGCGCUGAUGUGGCUGCCGUUGUGGGCGGUGCUGAUGGCGGCCGCGGCGAUGGGGAUGGUCGGCUACGGCGGCCAGUGGCUCGUGCUCAGGGGCGUCGUCGCCGUGCCGUAUUUCGUGGUGUUCCUUCUCUGCCUGCUGUGCGGCACGAGCAUCUGCUGGUUCAACACCGUCUGCUUCGUCCUCUGCAUCCGCAACUUCCCGGCAGCCGUCCCCCUCUCCCUCUCCCUCACCGUCGCCUUCAAUGGCGUCAGCGCCGCCCUUUACAACCUCGCCGCCGCCUCCCUCGACCGCCGCGCCCCCUCCGGCGCCGCGUACCUCCUCCUGAACGCACUCCUCCCCCUCAUCGCCUCCCUCGCCGCCCUCGUACCCGUCAUCCGCCAGCCCCCCCGCGGCCCCCGCCCGCCGGAUCUGGUCAAGCGCGACCAAGUCACGUUCCUCAAGAUCUACGCCCUGGCCGCCGUCACCGGCGUCUACCUCCUCCUCCUCCGCACGUCCGACUGUCUGACAGCCCGAUUUUUAUUCUCCGGCGCCGUUGUCCUGCUGGUCUCCCCGUUGGCCAUCCCCGGUGUUGUGUACGCCCGCGACUGGUUCGAGCGGACGGUCUACUCGAGCUUCCGAUUGGACGGCUCGGGGUUCAUACUCGUGGAUGCGGAACAUUUGGAGAUUCACAAGGAGCUUCUCAGCCGUCCUAGCAGCGUGGAGAACGGGCUGAAUGAGCUUGGGAAUGAUGACGUCGGCGGCAGAGGCGGAGGUUGCGGGGCCUGCGCGGUGGAGGGGGACAGGCUGGCGAUGCUCGGGCAGGAGCACAGUGUGGGGAUGCUCGUGCGGAGGCUCGACUUUUGGCUUUACUACGCGGCGUAUUUCUGUGGAGGGACGAUAGGGUUGGUUUACAGUAACAAUUUGGGGCAGAUUGCGCAGUCGCUCGGGCAUGCCGUGAUGAACUCGAACCUGAUCACCGUGUACUCAACCUUCUCAUUCUUCGGCCGCCUGCUUUCGGCUGCUCCCGAUUUCGUGCGAACGAAAUUCUACUUUGCGAGAACCGGGUGGCUCUCCAUAGCCCUCCUUCCCACACCACUCGCCUUCUUCUUCCUAGCCGCCUUAGCCGGCGACCCUUUGGCGGUCCAGGCUGGCACGGCCUUAAUCGGGCUAAGCUCGGGCUUCAUAUUUGCAGCCGCUGUCUCCAUCACGUCCGAGCUUUUCGGGCCCGAAAGCGUGGGUGUGAACCACAACAUUCUCAUUACAAACAUACCGAUUGGGUCCCUUGUGUACGGUUUCUUAUCCGCAACCGUUUAUGACUCCAAUGCCUACAAGCCCCACUCGGACGGGCUCGUGGCCGACACGUUAGUUUGCAUGGGGAAAAAAUGCUAUUUCCUGACAUUUGUGGGGUGGGGUUGUAUUUCCUUGAUCGGGCUUGGGUCGAGCGUGCUGCUGUUCUUGAGAACCCGGCACGCUUAUUGCAGGUUUGAAAAUAGUCGGAGAUCGACUUUGUGA